AUAAUAAAUAAAAACACAACAGUGGCAGGCUCACCAAAAGCUGAAAGAGAAAUCUCAUUCAGGACAAUUGCAUGUCUUUCCUCUUAACAAGUUUUGUCUAGCAUAUACCAAAAAGGUUAUCAUCAUCAACAUGGCCACGGACUUCAAAUCCAUCCCAGUCAUUGACAUUAGUCCGUUAUUAGCCAAAUGUGAUGACCCAAACAUGGGUGAAGACGCCGGUGUAUCGAAAGUUGUUACACAAUUGGAUCAGGCUUGCAGAGAGGCUGGCUUCUUCUAUGUGAAGGGCCAUGGUAUUCCUGAGUCCCUCAUCAAAGAGGUCAAAAAGAUUUCUCACCAGUUCUUUGAUCGUCCGUAUGAAGAAAAACUCAAGAUCAAGCUGACUCCACAAGCUGGUUACAGGGGAUAUCAGAGAAUCGGAGAAAAUAUCACCAAAGGCAUCCCGGAUAUUCAUGAGGCGAUUGAUUGCUAUAGAGAAAUAAAAGAAGGGAUGUAUGGGGCUCUUGGCAAACCCAUGGAAGGGUGUAAUCAGUGGCCCCUUGAUCCUCCUUCCUUUAAAGAACUGAUGGAGGAGUACAUCAACCUCUGCACAGACCUUUCAAGAAAAAUUAUGCGGGGGAUCGCUCUAGCGUUGGGUGGGUCACCAUAUGAAUUUGAGGGUGAAAGAGCAGGAGAUGCUUUUUGGGUGUUUCGUAUUAUUGGUUACCCAGGUGUUGCCAAUGGCCAUGGAAAGCCUGAAAAUGACAUUGGAUGCGGAGCUCAUACUGAUUAUGGUUUGCUGACAUUAGUUAAUCAAGAUGACGGUAUAACAGCACUUCAGGUGAGAAACCAAUCUGGGGAAUGGAUAUCAGCUCCUCCCUUACCUGGUUCAUUUGUCUGCAACAUUGGUGACAUGCUGAAGAUAUAUUCCAAUGGUUUGUACGAGUCAACCCUGCAUCGAGUGAUCAACAAUUCUCCAAAAUAUCGGGUUUGCGUAGCUUACUUUUAUGAGACCAACUAUGAUACAGCAGUGGAGCCUCUGGAAGUUUGUAAACAGCGGUCUGGGGGAACUGGAAAGUUUGACAGAGCUGUUUAUGGAGAACAUUUAGUAAGCAAAGUUACCACCAACUUUGUCGAGUAGCAGAUCGUUUUUCAGUUUUGAAUCUUGUAAAUACAAUGGAUCAACGGUUGAAUCAUCUCGACUCACAAUAAUGUAAUUUAAUUCUAUUUUGGAAUUUGGAUCCUACCAUUGGCUUUUAUUUGCUGCAAACUGUUUCAUAGGAUGAGUUGAUGCCAAACUAAAUGAUUUUUUAUUUAAUUUUCCUUUAGUUUAUUUC